UAUGUCUGUAGAGGGAACGAUAUCGAGGCAAAUCAAGUCGAUACUCAAAACAUUCAUGCAAUACUCUAAGUUCAGAGUUGUCCACGUUCGGCCCAGCCGAAACUGUUGUGAUGACAAUGUUCCUACAUGCUGCUAAUCACGGCACUGUUGCUCCGGUGCAACGUUUGAUAGACCAUCCACACUGGCUAGGUAGAGUCCAAACCCCGCAGAUCGUUAUCAGUAAGCCAGUAUGUUCGAGCAUUUAUAUAGCCCUCUUGGCGCCCUCCUCAAUUCCAAUUAUUCCCACUUGAAGCUCCCUCUUGAACUCUUCACAAAAUGUUGCUCAAAUCCCCCACAGGAACCUGGAUACCAGCGUGGGUCCCUCAAUCUACACUCAUCCUCUCCUGCCUCCUCAUGAUCUGCUCCAUGGUCCAAUCCUGCACUGGCGGAUAUGACGGCUCCAUGCUCAACGGCCUCAACAUCCUACCUUCAUACACAGAUUAUUUCAAGCUCAACGCUGCAACCACUGGAUUAAACACUGCAUCAGUAUUCAUAGGUGGAUUUUUCGGACCUAUAUUUGCAGGCGUUUUUGCUGAUCGCCUUGGCCGUCGACCUGCCAUUUUUUGGGGAUCUGUGGUGACUCUGAUCGGAGUGCUUCUGCAAACGGCUGCACAGAAUGUCGCGAUGUUUGUUAUUGCGCGUAUUGUGUUGGGGUUUGGGUCUGCUGUGUCCGGGAUUGCGGGUGGCGUGUAUCUGUCGGAGACAUUUCCGAGUCGGUGGCGUGCGUGGGGUGUUGGUUUGCUGAAUGACUUUUACUAUGUUGGUGCUCUGAUUGCAGCUGGAAUUACUCUCGGUACAGGGAAGUGGGACUCGACGUGGGCAUGGAGACUUCCUUCACUCCUCCAAGGAAUAUUCUCGCUUCUUUGUAUCAUUAUUCUGCCCUUUAUUCCCGAAUCCCCUCGCUGGCUCGUCCACCAAGAGCUCUUCCAAGAAGCUCGUACCGUCGUAGCGCAGACAAAUGCCGAUGGCGAUGAAAUGAACCCCAUCGUCCUCGUCGUAUACAAGGAAAUUAUCGAUACAAUUGAGUGGGAGAAGAAAGAGGGACGAACUAUGAGUCCGAAAGAAAUGAUAAAGACGCCAACAGCAAGGAAGAGGUUUCUCAUCGGCAUGUCCCCUGGCCCGUUUUCGUGUAUCGCGGGGAAUAUUAUUGCAUCGUACUACCUUGGUGCGGAGCUGGACACAGCUGGUAUCACGAGCACUGACCAGCAAUUGAAAGCAAACGUGGUCUUGAACGUGUGGUGUCUCCUCUGCGCUUUGGCAGGCACACAUCUCCUAGCGAGGUGGGGUCGAAAACCAACAGCUAUCUUGUCCGAAUGCCUUCUAGUCAUCUGUCUGUUCAUCAUUGGUGGGCUUUCAAAGAUGUACGCCGAUGAUCCAGGUAAUGCAUCUCAAAGCCUGGUCUACGGCGACGUGGCUGUCAUGUUCCUGUUCCAAGGAUUCUAUUCGGUUGCUUGGACACCGCUUCUGUACCUCUAUCCGCCCGAGGUGAUGAACUAUUCUAUCCGUGCUAAUGGCCUGGCCUUUUCUUCUUUUGCUUUGAAUGCUUUUGCACUUGUGUUCGUGUUCAUCAUGCCAAUCGGACUUGACAAUAUCGGAUGGAAGAUGUAUAUGGUGAAUGGCUCCUGGGACAUCGUUAUUGUCAUCCUCAUCGUCGUCUUCUGGGUGGAAACCAAAGGCAAGACACUCGAAGAGAUCGACGCAAUAUUCGAAGGAAAAAAGCACUCCAACGUACCAGAUGUAGAGAUGGUGCGGAAUGGCAAGGUGGAUAUCGAUAUUAGAGAGCUUGAACCUGAGCUGCACAUGGGAGAGGCGGCUGCGAAAGCGAAGGAAAAUUGAGUCACAGUUCAACCCGGUCAAUCCAGUGUCGCAACCGCUUCAUCAGACGCAUAAGCGAAAGCAGUUUUACCACCUUUAUCUAUCUAAAUAAUCAAAUAUCUUCCUUCGACAAAACCGUGGGCGGCCAGUACGACGGCUCAGGUCAAAGCGGUUCGCAUACGAACACCAACUAACGGCAGAUCGAACUGGUAAACGUGUUCAAUUACGUUUAUAGAUUGGUACCUCACACGCAUCCGAGUGUGGGCUUUUAAUUGAAUUUUGCUUUUUUGGCGCUCGCUCUGGUUUCAAGUUUUCUGUGUGUAUUGCAAGGGGUCCGUUUCUGUUGUUUGUUUACUCGUGGUCGAUUUUGUUUAUUUGCCGAUAAGCGAGGCGAGUGAACUACGCCGACUUAGAUUACUAUGAAUUACAGCAUGGCGCCACAAUACCCUGAAUAUAUACAAUGAAGUAGUCCGCUUCUAUAUGCUCAUGCUGAUGCUGGUAGACAAUGGUCAUACAACUACGACAUCCGUAUCUUCCUUUGCUUUCUUCACGCUCUUCCAUCCCAGACCACAACUGAACACAACACCAACGACAGCCAGACUAGCGAUCAAGUAGAACACGUGGUUGACCGCCUCGUUAUAGGACAGAAUCACACCAGGUACUGACGUACUCGGGAUGAUGUGUCUGAAAUCCCUCGCACCCGCGACAGUGACCUGUCCAUAGCUGACAUGUGGAGCAUGGGCCUUGAGGGCAUCUUCCAGACCACUGUUGAACACGGCUUGCGCAAUAGCGAGAGAGAUUGAUCCGCCGAUGGACUGUCCAAACAUCAUGAUUGACAUGCUGACUGGAUGCUCGAUCUUCGCCAGUGUGUUUUGGACUGCUAUCAUAGGCUGACGACAGGUUAGCAUGUACUUGAGCAGCGGAAAAGAUAACAAUACCAUUUGAAGUGCACAACCACGAC